AUGACGACGGCCAAGUCGGUGCCAAGCGAGAAGCGCCAGGAGGAGCGGCUGAUCCAGAAACUGCGGGACUUCCAGCGCUCCCAGCCUCCUAAUAAGCGCUGCUUCGACUGCAACGAGAUGAUGCCGCAAUACGUCUGUCUGGACUUUCACACGUUUGUCUGCACUGCUUGUAGCGGUAUCCAUCGUGAGUUUGCCCAUCGCGUCAAGUCAAUUUCCAUGUCCAAGUUCACGGAGAAAGAAGUACAGCAAUUGAUUGAUCGCGGAGGCAACGAGGCGGCACAAAAGUACUGGCGAAGCAGGCAUGACCCGACGUUUCGGCCGAAUGGAGGCAACGACGGCGAGCGCACGCGCAACUUUAUUCGGUUGACGUACAUUGACCGCAAGUGGGUGGACGAGCCUGCUGAGGACAACGAGUCAAAGCGACCAUCGAAGAAAAGUAGCAAGAAGAAAGUAAAGAAACACGACAGUGACGACAUCAUCGUUCCGUCCAGUGCAAAGUUGGCACCGUGUAUUGCUGACAGCGAAUUUGGAGACUUUUCCAAGUUCGAAGGUAGCAGUCAAACGGCAGCUACAGUAGCGCGGUCGUUCGAAGGCUUUGGCAGUUUUGAUGACUCAGCACCUGACAACAAGGAUAGUGGAGAUUUUACGGAUUUUGGCGACUUUGAGGGAUCAAGCGGUAGUACAAAUGCAACUCAGCAGGCAACGUCGACGAUACCUACAUCUUCACAAGUGUCGAAAUUUAGCUCAUUCAAGAUGCCGCCGCCACCUGGAUCAAUCAUUAAUGCAUCCAAUGCCAGCAAGACCAUAGCUGUGGAGGAUCUCAUGGGUCUUAGCUCACCGCAGCAAGACAACAACCCAUUCGGGUUCAAUGCGCCGGCACCAGCGUCUGUCAAUGCGAGCCAUCCGACGUCAGUAGAUUCGUCUCCAUUUCAUUUUGACGCGCCGACGCCGACCAGAAGUGCAGAUGGCCUCUCCAGUGCAGCAUCUCUCGACCCAUUGAGCGACAUGACAGCUGCAGCAUCACCAGCAAAAUCCACGGAGAGUGGUUCACCAUUUGAUGCGUUUGACCCUCCAUUGGUGUCAUCAUCACCUUCCGUAUUUGAUGCAUUUGCGGCUCCCUCGCUGGCGGACGGCAACGCAUUUGGGGCAGUUGGUGUAGGCGAAGACGCGUUCGGGGAUUUCACGGGCUCCACUAGCUCGUCGCGGACGGACUCGGUUUUGGACCCUUUCUCCAGUACAGCCGAGCAUCCUGCCCCUACUGCUGCUGAUCCAUUCGCAGCGUUUGAGAAUACGAAGCUGAGCAUUGAAACCGCACCUACUGCAGAAAGCGCUGCUUCUGCAUUUGGACCAUCAACAGGUCUCCAUGGGUAUAACAGUGUCAGUCUGCAACAGUCCGUGAUGGAGGAUCCAUUCGGAUUCGUCAGCGGUACAGACAGCAACAAUGGCGGGUUCACAGCAUCUCAGCAGCAGCAACGCAGCGGUACAACCAGCCAACUGUAUGGCGGUUUUCCACAGCAGCAACAGCCCCAAAAUGCGUAUGGUAUGCAAAUGCAGCAACCAAUGCAACUGCUUCCCCAGGGACAACCCGUGCAGCAACGGCAGCAGUGGUAUGGCCAGCAACAAGGAUAUUACGGUCAGCAGCAAUUGAUGCAGCCAACAGGACAGCAGUAUAACGGUCAGUUUCCGCCAUACGUAGUCAGCGGUGCUCAUCCUGCGCCGAUUCCAGUAAAGACCCCGGCAUCUGUGACUACGAUCAACGACCCUUUUGCGUCACUGAACAUCAGCAACCUGGUACUCGGUGGCACGAACGAUAGCACGUCGGGUAAUACGACCACUUCGACGCCUGCAACCCAAUCGAAGAUGAGUGCUUCGUUCGGAGUUGCACCAACGAUUCCAGUGCCUUCAGGGUCGUUAUCUUACGCACAGCCACAAACCCGAAUGAAUACCACGUUUCCACUUCCAACGCAGAACACCACGUUUGAUGCGUUCGGCGACUAUACAAGUGCGCCCGCUUCAGCGCAGGCGGCAGACUCUCCAGCUAACCCUUUCGACAUGUUUUGA